AUCUUGGACUGAGUCCUGAUGGAAAGACUGGAUCAAAUAAGAGCUGCAGAGGGAAGACCUCAGAGUCACAACCAGAAGGACACAACAUCAGGAUUGUUCUGGUUGGGAAAACUGGAGCUGGAAAAAGUGCCACAGGAAACACCAUCUUACGCAGGAAGGUUUUCAAAUCUCAAAUGUCUCCCUCUACUGCAACAUCAGCAUAUGAGGAGGAAACAGGAGAGUUUGAGGGUCAAAAUGUGACUAUUGUCGAUACUCCAGGUCUCCCUGUUAAUUAUUUUAUAUUUAGGCAUGAGGUGAAGAUGGAGGUGAAGAGGGAGAUCAAGCGAAUCAUCUCUUUCAUUGUUCCUGGUCCUCAUGUGUUUCUGGUUGUAAUCCAUCCAAAUACAGUCACAGGAAAAGAACAAAAAACAGUUAAAUUAAUUCAGGAAACCUUUGGAGAAAAGGCAGCAGAUUACGUCAUGGUGCUGUUCACACACGGAGACGAUCUGGAGGCAGAUGGAGUCUCCAUAGAAACAUUUAUUUCUGAAAAUCCAGAUCUGCGUAAAUUCAUCCAUCAGUGUGGAGGAAGAUAUCAUGUCAUCAACAACAGAACCAACGAUCCAUCUCAGGUAAGAGAGUUGAUGCAAAAAAUGAAGACGAUGGUUGAGAUUAAUGGAGGAAGAUACUACACCAACAAGACGCUAGAAGAAGCUGAGAGAGCUGAAGCACUCUUUAUUCUACAUGCUGGAUUAGUUGCAGGUACAUCUGCUCUUGGUGCUGCGGUUGGAGUUGGAGUAAAAGCUGUCCUAGAAGGUGCUGUGGUUGUGGUAGAAGCUGCCCUACAAG